UAAACAUCGCGACCUCCCGCAGAAAACAACAGUAAAUUUCGUGCAAAUUUCCGGGGAAAAUGAUGAAAAAUCGCCUCUUUCUGCUGCUGAUAAGCAGCAUCCUGUUCGUCGAGACGGCCCAGAUCACCAAGGACAACAAGGACAGUCCGUCGUCGAUCAAUCAGUCGCACGAGUUCAACCCGCUGGGACCGCUGGUCAAGUGUUCCUUCCUGCCGAUGGAGUUCAUGGACUGUGACGAACCGCUGGACCACAAGGGUAACCGGACGGCCAAAGAGGAACUCGGCCACGGGUGCGUCAAGUUCGGUGGAGUCCACUACGACGAUGUCGAAAUGACCAAGGUGAAGUGCGUGGUGUUCGAAAAUAUCGAGUGCUUCGGGCCGAAGGAAUUCAUGCGAGAUGGAUUUCCGUGCGUCAAGUACACGGACCACUACUUCGUGACGACGCUGCUGUACAGCAUUCUGUUGGGGUUCCUCGGGAUGGAUCGGUUCUGUCUAGGCCAGACGGGGACGGCCGUGGGGAAGCUGCUAACCCUCGGCGGGAUCGGCAUUUGGUGGAUAGUGGACAUUGUGCUGCUGAUUACGAACAAUCUGCUACCGGAGGAUGGGAGUAACUGGAACAACAAGGUCUAGCCGGGAGUUGAUUAUUGCAUCACUCACACCAGUACGGAAAGCUGCUUUUGUCCCAUUUCAAAAUGUAUACCAGAUCUUAGACGAUCACCUCG